AUGUCUCCCCUGGUGUCUCCCCUGGUGUCUCCCCUGGUGUCUCCUCUGGUGUGUCCUCUGGUGUGUCCUCUGGUGUCUCCCCUGGUGUCUCCCCUGGUGUCUCCUCUGGUGUGUCCUCUGGUGUGUCCUCUGGUGUCUCCCCUGGUGUCUCCCCUGGUGUCUCCUCUGGUGUCUCCUCUGGUGUCUCCUCUGGUGUCUCCCCUGGUGUCUCCCCUGGUGUCUCCCCUGGUGUCUCCCCUGGUGUGUCCCCUGGUGUCUCCCCUGGUGUCUCCCCUGGUGUCUCCUCUGGUGUCUCCUCUGGUGUCUCCCCUGAUGUCUCCCCUGGUGUCUCCCCUGGUGUCUCCUCUGGUGUCUCCUCUGGUGUGUCCUCUGGUGUCUCCUCUGGUGUGUCCCCUGGUGUGUCCCCUGGUGUCUCCCCUGGUGUCUCCUCUGGUGUCUCUCCUCUCGUGUUAA